GGCCCUUCGCAUUUAAACGGAAUUCCUUGCUACGAGUUUAGUGUUCUGUAGCCAUCCCUAGAAUGUUGAUCACCCCAGCCCUCCACGCAUAUAUGGUGAGACAUAGUGCAGAAUCGUGAGUCAACCCAAUCUAGUUUCCACAAGUCAAGGGACGACAGGCAUGCAAUGACCUAAACUUCCCCCUUCACGCGUACUGCCCCUCCUUAGACCAUCGCAUACAAAAACCCUCGAACUCGGCCUUAGAGAAGAGAAUUCAUCAUCGCCCAGCAUCACCAACAAGCAAGCUUCUAGUCACUCUUUUACAGUCACUCAUUAAGUAUUUUCAUCACCAACACCCGAUUCUUCACACCUCUUUUCACACCAACCCCCAAAAACACAUUUCAAAAUGCAGCAACGCAACAUCCUCGCUCUCAUCUCCCUGCUCGCCGCAGCAGCCAACACCGCACCAGUCGGCACCCCACCAGCCGUGAGCGCCUUGGGCCCCGUAGCCAGCACCAUGCUGGAGAACACCGCCCGCGCAGCCCCAGCCGUCGUCGCAGGCGGCGUAGGCGAGGGCUCCCGCGGCGGCGAGCACUCCGCCGAAGCGGAGCAAGAAGCGCAGCGCCACGGGCAGCACGCCGAGGCCGCCGAGCAGGGCGCCGCAGGCGGAGGCCAGCACGCGGCUGAAGAGAGCCAGGGCGCAGCCGCACAGGGACAGCACCAGGCGAAGCAAGGCCAGGAAGCAAGCAAGGAAGGCGAGCACUCGUUCGAGCAGGGCCAAGGAGCGCAGAAGCAGGGACAGCAUGCGGCGGAGGAGGACCACCGCUUCAGCGAGCACGGCAACGGGGGUAAGCACGCGGGCAGCUUCGGGGCGAACCGCGGGGCUUCAAAGGAGGGUGUCGCAUACAACAACAAAGACGGUGCGAACAGCGGCGACCGGUUCGCCAUGGACAAGUCGGACGGGUUCCACGCUGCGGCUGAGGGGUCUAAGGAGGCUUCUGAGGGGUCGAUGGCGAAGGGUCAGGGCCGCAAGCACGCGCAGGAGGCCUCUCAGGCCGCUGAGCAGGACUCCAAGGCUGCUAUUGAGGGGUCGCAGGCCAAGCAGGAGGGCUCGAUGGGCGGUGCUGAGGGAUCCAGGGCCGGACGUGAGGGCUCGAUGGGAGAGUCCGAGGCGUCGAGGGCUAAGAACCAGGGGGCUGGUGGUGAGCAGGGCUUUGGUGCUUUCUUCAAGGGACUGGGUCUUGGAAACUAGAUGUAAGAGUUUUUCGCAUUUGAGUUGGGAUGUUUGGAUUUUUGCUAAUUGAUGUGCAUAGCGCGAAUCGCGAUUGCUUCAUCACCUGCUAUUAGGCGAAUACCUUGGGAGGUAACUUAUCUUAUGAAAUAGGAAGGGGUGUCAGAUUGAAAUCAUGUAGGGAUUGCAUUGCGGUGGUAUAGACGGAAAGUAUCGGUAUCUGCUUUAUCUCGGUCAUGUUUUUUUUUAUGUAUUAAUAUACGAUCAAUCAAC